AUGGCGGGGAAGAAGCGCAAGUCCGGCUCCGAGAAGCCGGCGAAGCACCGCCUCCCGCUGGGAGCCGAUGCCGACGCGGUCGCCGAGGCCUCGAAGCGCCGCCGCUCGGGCGGCGCCAAGCAGCACCAGGCGGACGAGGAGGCAUCCAUCCCGCCCUCCCUCAGCGCCAAGAUCCUCCGCGAGGCGCGCAAGCAGCAGCAGGAGGAGAUGCGCGCCGACGACUCCAGCGACGAGCAGCGGCCCUCUGCCGCCGAGGCGGCCGCGGGGUCGUCCACGUCGUCCUCGUUCCCCGUCCCAGCCGCGGAUGGCGGGGAGGACGACGACGACGUCGACGAGUUCGACGGGUUCGACGCGCUGAGCGAGUACGGCGGCGGCGAGGUGGAGAUCAACGAGGAGGACGAGAGGGUCCUCGCUGCCUUCAUGUCGAAGGACAAAGCUGCCGAGCGCACCCUUGGUGAUAUUAUUCUCCAGAAGAUCAGGGAGAAGGAUGCUGAGGUCGCAACGGAAGGACGACCUCGUGUAAAAUUGGACAACAGCAUUAUUGAGCUUUACAAAGAGGUUGGGAAGUUCUUAAGCCGGUAUAUGAGUGGGAAAAUUCCGAAAGCCUUCAAGCGCAUACCAUCGCUGGAGUGCUGGGCAGAUGUUGUGCAGCUAACGGAGCCAGAGAAUUGGUCUCCUAAUGCCGUGUAUCAAGCAACACGCCUCUUCUCUUCAAACAUGAACACAAAGAACGCUGAACGGUUCUAUGAAGCCAUUUUGCUACCUCGUGUUCGUAAUGACAUAAGGAAGAACAAGAGGCUGCAUUUUGCGCUCUACCAGUCACUGAAAAAGGCCCUUUAUAAGCCUGCGGCAUUUAACAAGGGAAUUUUGCUGCCACUCUGUCGGGAAAGGAAUUGCACCCUCCGUGAAGCAGUGAUUAUUGGGAGUAUUAUCCAGAAAGUUUCCAUUCCAUUUCUCCAUGCAAGUGUAGCUCUAGUGAAACUAGCAGAGAUGGAGUACUGUGGCACUACAAGUUACUUCAUCAAGCUAUUUCUAGACAAGAAAUAUGCUUUGCCAUACCGCGCGCUUGAUGCAGUGCUUGCUCAUUUCAUGCGUUUUCUUGAUGAUGAGAGGAUCAUGCCUGUUAUAUGGCAUCAAUCACUGCUUGCAUUUGUGGAAAGAUACAAGAAUGAGUUAGAGAAAAAGGAUAAGGAGAAACUUGCACGUUUGUUGGAUCACCAGAAACACUAUUUGGUUACUCCAGAAAUUCGAAGGGAACUUCGAGGGAGCUGCAACAGGGGUGAAAAAGAUAUGAAUUUGCAGACUUAUAUCCUUUGCAGUGCAGCUUGUUACAAUCUUUAG